CUAUUGACUCUGCAGACAGUUGGUGACUUCUGCACACUGUGGUCUUCAGUAUGCACUGACCCCACUCUGUCAUUUUACGUAGCCUAUCAAUUGGUGGCUGAGUUGCUGUUGUUCUCAGUUGCUUCCAGUUUGCUAUAUUACUACUAACAGUUGACCAUGGAAUAUUUUAGUAGCAAGGAAAUUUCACAGAUGGACUUAUUACACAGGUGGCAACCUAUCACAGUACCACGCUUGAAUUCACUGAGCUCCUGAGAGCGACCCAUUCUUUCACAAAUGUUUAUAGAAGCAGUCUGCAUGCCUAGGUGCUUGAUUUUAUA